AUGCUAGUAAUAUGGUUGGUCCUAGCAGACUUGAUUGGGGCUUUUACAGCCAAUUAUCGCAACAAGUUUAUUAAUCCGAUUAAAUGCAGCAAAUUGCCGAGCAACUAUCCCUUUUCAGACACUCCCACACCAGUUCAGGCCCUAGACAUUCAUGAAGAGUUGAAAACGAGACUGAUUGACAAUGGAUAUAACAAUUUGACAUUGAUCCAAGAGAAAUCUAUAUCAAGAAUCAUAGAAAAUGAUUUCAACAACAUAUUUAUCCAUUCCGAAACUGGUUCUGGCAAAACAUUAUGCUAUGCCAUACCACUAGUCCACUUAUAUCUCACUCGUUAUCACUUUUGCGGCAAUACAAAUAUACAAACCCCAGUUAUGCUUGUAAUUGUCCCUAGCAGAUUAUUGGAAUCUCAGGCUCUAAAUGUAUUCAAAAAAAUUCUACAAUCAAACAAAGAAUGUGAAUUGGCUAGGAAUCUCGGUAAAUCAAGAGUUCUGCCUCCAAUUGUGAUUGGGACUAUUGACAAUAUAUCUCAAAUAUUUCGCAUCUUCACAGAUAAUUUUAAAGUCAAUCCACUGGAAGCGGUCAAAAUCGCUGUUUAUGACGAGGUGGAUUUUUUGGUACAGCAACAUAGCUCCAAAGUGUUGUCAGAUUUUAUUAGAAAUUUACCCAAUGCCAAAUCGAUAUUGUGCGGUGCAACCAUUAAUGAUGCAGGAAAAUACAGCAUGAUGAAAAAUUUGAACCGUUGCUGGAAGAAUAUUGAAUGGAUUAAGUCUGAUUUUGCACAUAAACUGCCGCCCACAAUAACCCUGGACUUCCAUGAAACAAAACAUACACUUAGUUCCAAAGUUUAUAAGUUGUUGGAGCUAUGUAAGGAAAAUGAAGGGCCAACAAUGAUAUUUUGUCAAUCCCAUGCUACUGCCGCAUGGUUAUACGAUAAUUUACCUCUCAGCAAUAAAUAUUUACUUAAGGACAUUAAUUUGGAUGAAUUAGACAGUUUGGAUGCCAAUCGAAUAAUCAUAUCCACAGACCACCGUGGGCUUGACUCACAUUUUGCUCACAUAAUUCAUUUUGAUUUUCCCCAAGAUAUAUUACAACUAAUCCAUAGAUCCGGGAGAGCCGGUAGGGCCGGUAAUAAGGGCAGAGUAUCAUUCCUAGUGACUGAAAGGUCUAUUGAUUUCUAUAACCAAGUCAAACCCAGCCUGGAUUUGGGAGACAAACUGGACAAGUUUUUCAGCAGGAAGAGGAGCUUGACUAGGAAGAGGAAGAGGGAUAAAAUCGCAGCUGACAGUGAUAGUUUGACAAAUUUCACCUGA